CUAGUUAGCUGCACGUGUAGUCUUUCUUUUAGGUUUAUAAUCACGAUUACUUUAAAGUAUUCAUGUGAAAUAGACCCGAUAAGUCCUAUCAACCGGAUCCUACAUCGCCAGUCGGAUAACUAAAAUGCGAAGGACAACCGAAACGUACGUGUCCCAUAAAGCGACCGUCGCGUAUUCGGAACGUCGAACCGACGACUAGUAGACAAGAGAGAAAGACAUGAAUUCCUCUUAUAUAUGGGGAGAAGACGACGAGUGGGGGGAACGUUACUAUUUCACGUAUUACAGCGAAUUGGAGGAUCGAAAGGAGAUCAGCAGGAUGGUCGAGGUGGUGGUACUGGGUGUCAGCUUCGUUCUAGCUGUUGCUGGCAACUUGGUACUGGCUAGCUGCAUACUCAGAUACAAGGAAUUGAGAACACCGACGAACAUGUGCCUGGUGAACUUGGCCGCUGCAGAUCUUUUAUUUACCCUCGGCGUGCCAGCCGUCGCUUACACUAGAUACACGCAGUCCUGGCGCCUUGGGGAGACCAUUUGCAGAUUACUACCCUACACCCAGUUCGUCUGUGGCUUCGUACUUCUAUGGACGUUGACGUUUAUAUCGAUGGACAGGCAUCGAUGUUUGGCAAUAGCUCCUUACAGAAGUGCCUUAACGAUGACCAAGGUUUUAGCGAGCAGUUUCGUCAUUUGGAUCAUCGCAGCUUUCGUUUUUUUACCUAUUGUAUUUUGGUUCAGGCAGAAGCAGGUAGGCAAAAGUAACUCGAUCUCGACCAUCAUCUGUACUUUAAUAUUCCCACGAAACGAAAUUGUAAACAUUUCGUUGUGCUACACGAUACCGAUCAUCCUCCUAGCUUGCCUUCUACCUAUGGCUCUUCUCGUCUAUCACUAUCAACGAAUCUUCCAAAAAAUUCUCGACACACGAAACACGUGGGCUGUCUCCUGUGUGGCACAAGGGUUGGAGAGUGGUCGCAAGAAUGGUGCAACAGGUAGAAGAGAUUCGGAACUGUCGGUUGUCGGUACGUUACUACCUUGGGCUGGAAGAAAACUGUCUAGCGCAUCGGUUACAGGUGGAAAAGCUCGUGCCGGUAGCCUCUCUCAGCACGAAGAAACGCGAUUGUACAAACAUCUUCGAGUUGUACGAAUAUUACUGUUGAACGUGAUAGCCGUAUUGGUAAUGUGGCUUCCAAUUACUAUCGUCGUGCUAUUGAUUUACGUGGACGGUAAAAGACCUACCGAGGAUACGAAUUUCUUCUUGAGAUCGCAUCACUUCGUUUGGACUCUGAUCCUCGCGCAAUUCAACACCAUAGUUAAUCCUCUUCUUUACGGCGUGCUCUCGGAAAACAUUCGAGUUUAUUUCGCUAAACUGUGGAAACGGCCAAGAUUCGACACUAAUUCCAGAAGCGUAGAGCACGCAGGUUCCAAGAAGAGCUUGAAAUCGUUCCAAGCAUUUCAAGCUCGGUUAGAGACGAUUAAAACUCCUCCCGGUAGCUUAACAAAUCCAUCCAAUCAUUUGAAGAGAAACUCCUUGAGUAAUAUAGUAGGCAGCAUCGUUGAGGUACCCAAUUCGGAAAAAUUAUGA